AUGAUUGAGGCUUCGUCACCGUUGGCGGCAAUGCAGCCUCCAACGUUCAUGGGCCAUUGCGGUGGUGGCUACAGAGCAGACGGGCCUACGUCCUUUGCGUCGUUUGCGGCUGCCAAAUCCUUUGGCACAAACAGCUUCAACUUCAGAGAUCUGUCAAUGAAGAAGCCAAAACCGGACUACUUCAGCCUCAAAUCGGUUCGGGGGUCUUCACCCACCGCCAGCCUGGCUGCCGAUCUUUCACAGAAUUUCCACAUUGACCAGAGUCCGCAACUACCCACCCCUCGGAGGGCACUCUUUCCCAACAGCUUGUUUGCACAAGAAGGCCACAGAACCCUCACCACACCUCCUAUACCGUCUUCCUCUCCCGCACCAAAUGACAUGAUGGACAUGGAUUUGGACAUCUCACCCCUGCCGCACAAAAUGCCCUUCUGCACAGUGGCAAUUCAGCUCCAGUCACCGACCCCGGACCUGACGCCCACUGAUACUUCGUUACUGUCGAUACCUUCACCGUCUUGCGAUUCGCCUACCGAGUCAUUCCAGAUCAACCUCCCUCAAGACAGACGGAAACAAGGCUUUCUGCGGCCGUCAUUAACCAGAGCUAAGGGCUUCAGUACCGGCAGUCUGUCCCAGAGACCUGCGCCCGAAAGUCAGCUACCGCCGUUCAGAUUCGGCAAUAGCAACUAUUCGAGCAAACCUGCAACAUCCUCCUCGCUGUCACUAUCCGAGAUAUUUGCAGACUCGCCCAGCCAGGAGAAGUUGGCCCCAAGGUUAGGUGCGCCGGCCUUUGCUCCUCCUCGAUCCCGUCCAAGUCUCUCUGGUUCUGGACAUUCGUCUCGCAAUGGGUCCCCUGUCGGAAAUCACAUGAGAAAAACUUCCAAUCCUCUUGUGAGGCCCCGAAAGCAAUUCCGACGAUCGCUGAGCAUGUUUGAGCACCCGGAAGACAUAAUGAGACAAGAAAAAGAACGACUCAGCCCUCCCCCGUUACUGCCUUCAAUCAUGGACGUUGAGGCACCUCAUGUUCCUCAGCUACCCCACUUCACGCCGGAAGGUGAAACCGGCUGCCUGCCUAGGAUAACAAAGGAGACAAUGGUCUCAGUUCUAGACGGUCGCUUCGAUCAUCUGUAUGAGAAGAGAGUCAUUAUUGACUGCAGAUUCGAGUACGAGUAUGACGGCGGCCAUAUUGAAGGUGCUGUAAAUUUCAACGACAAGGAAAAGCUGUCAGCGCAGCUUUUCGACGUCGAGCCUACCCCGAGAGCCCUUCUUAUCUUUCACUGUGAAUAUUCUGCUCAUCGAGCGCCUCUUAUGGCCAAGUACAUCCGCAACAAAGACCGGGCCGUCAAUGCUGAUCGCUACCCGGCACUCACAUACCCCGAAGCCUACAUACUAGAUGGUGGCUAUAGCACCUUUUUCAAGGAUUAUCAAUCGCGAUGUUACCCUCAGAACUAUGUCGAAAUGGAUGCAAAGGAACACGUUCUUGACUGCGAGCGUGGUCUCGGGAAAGUGAAACAAAGAUCCAAACUUCUUCGAGCCCAGACCUUCGCCUUUGGCCAACAUUCACCUCUUGACUCCAGUCCCACUGCCAUGGGCCGAAGAAACUUGGAUAGCGAUAUGGACCUUGACAUAGGCCUGCAGUAUACCCCUGUUGCUGGACCAAGACCUGGGGUUGACGUCUUGCGUACUCGCAACCACCGAAUGCUGUCAUAUUAG